CGUUCUAUCACUUCCGCUUCCAUUUCGUCUGACUAUGAGUCGAAUAAGAAAACCGUAGAAUUGGUGUGCUGUCUUAUUCAGUCAAGUUCAACUUAAGAGACCACGUAUCAUGGCGGUAGCUAUGAGUUCGACCUGCCCGGGUUUGUACUGCGGAAAGGUCAACGACUCGUUCGAGGGUGAAUCAUGUGGGGCGUGCCCCCGAGGUGAGAGAAGCAACAUUCAGAAGAUAUGUGAGAAAUGCACCGAGACCCCCGAGCUCUAUGAUUGGCUCUACCUGGGCUUCAUGGCAAUGCUACCGCUGGUCCUACAUUGGUUCUUCAUAGAGUGGUACUCCGGAAAGAAAAGCUCCAGCGCUCUGUUCCAGCACAUCACCGCGCUGCUGGAAUGCGGGGUGGCUGCUCUGGUGACGCUACUGGUGAACGACCCUGUGGGCAAGCUGUCUAUCCGGUCCUGCCGGGUCAAAAUGCUGUCAGACUGGUACACCAUGCUGUACAAUCCCAGCCCGGACUAUGUCACUACGCUGCACUGUACCCAGGAAGCUGUGUUCCCAUUGUACACAAUAGUGUUGAUCUACUAUGCUUUCUGCUUGGUCUUUAUGAUGCUGCUGAGACCUCUCUUGGUGAAGAAGAUAGCAUGUGGUCUGGGGAAAUCUGACCGCUUCAAAAGCAUCUAUGCUGCCCUCUAUUUCUUUCCUAUUCUCACAGUGCUACAAGCUGUGGGUGGUGGAUUGCUCUACUAUGCGUUUCCGUACAUCAUCUUGGUUUUAUCCCUGGUAACUCUUGCCGUCUACAUGUCAGCCUCAGAAAUACAGUCCUUCAAAAACCUUGUUGCCAAGAAGAAGAGGCUGGUGGUGCUGUUCAGCCACUGGCUGCUUCAUGCCUAUGGCAUCAUCUCCAUCUCCCGAUUAGACAAACUGGAGCAGGACUUGCCCCUGCUGGCCCUGGUGCCAGGUCCCGCCCUCUUCUACCUGCUCACUGCCAAGUUCACAGAGCCCAACAGGAUUUUGUCAGAAGGGGGAAAUGGGCACUGAGAGGUAGCCAUUGAUUACCGUAGCGCCUGCUUGGUGGAUCCUUUGGCUGAGGUGGUUGGGGUCAAAAUAGAAGGGACUCAUCCCGGUCUCUUCUGUUACUCUUUUGGCACCAAUGGGAGGCAAUGGUGAUGUUGCUGAUUUAAUUUGACACAAUUCCAUACCCUGAAAUGAUGUGGGCUCUGUGUGCUGUCGCAUUCCUUUGACUUGGAGAGUAAAUUAUUAAAGCAGCUGCGUCUGCUUCUAUAAAGCAAAGCUACAUAUUUGUACUGUAAGGUGUGAAUGAUUUAGUGGAAACGCAUGCUUGUGGUCAAAUGUCUCUGCCUCAUUUUGCGUUUUUUGUAAAAACUUGAUGUACACUGUAUUUUUUCCAGAGUGUCUUCCUUUUAGCUCUCACAUCUGUCAAAGUUAACAAUCCAUUGUAUUUUUGAGAAUUAGACAUCGUUUUAAUUCUAGUACAAUUCCAUCUGACCCUUGGAAUUCAACCGAUUUUUUUUUUUUUUUUUCUUUUAAUUUUUUUACUAUUUUUGUUUUUGCGUGAUAAUGACGGCAGACUUGUUCACAGGAGUAAGUUUAGGUAAAACACUUACCACCAUGGAAUCAAUGUGCCAAAGUACUUUAUGACAGCAACACUGUCUUUCUAACACAUAGAGGUUACACUAAGCAAAAACUAAACUGCGUAAACCCUAUCGCUUAUAUGCCUUUGCAUGUAGAAUAAAUCAACAUAAAAUACUUUUGCUGCUGAACGUAAGUAUAGUAUCUGCAAACAGCAUGCCUAAAAUGUUUGCCUCAAUAUAAGAUUAUAUUGAGGAAAAUGCGAUCACUGUGUAUUCAUGGAACUGUAUAAAAUGUUAAACUCCAUUGUGGCAGUUGUUUUGAUAACUUUCUUCUGGAUUGUUAAAACAAUGUUUAAUUUAUGUGUAUGUAAUUCUAUUUAUAUAAUCCUAAAGACAGC